AUGAUAAUGAGCAACCCCAUCCAUCGCGAUUCCAUCUCGACAAUCACGGAGCAUGAAUACGCAGCGGUGGAGCACGAUCGCAACCCGACCCGCGAAGAAAUCCCCACUAUCAUCUUCACGGAUCAAGAUACGGCGGGGCUGGAUACCCCUCACGUCGACCCACUCGUGGUCAGCUUGCACAUCAGUGACUCCAGCGUAGCAAGAAUCCUGAUCGAUACCGGGAGCACGGUGAAUCUAAUCUACAAAGAGACCCUCAACCGCAUGGAAAUCAGCAGAGACCAGAUCAAGCGUUCGUUGUACUCCCUCACCGGGUUCACCUCCGAACACGUCUCCAGUGAAGGCACGAUCCGCCUACCUAUCCACGUCGGCGGAACAACCAAAGCCGCCGAAUUCUUCGUCAUCGAUAAACCAGCCAUUUACAACGCCAUUUUGGGCACCCCAUGGCUCCACGAGAUGAAGGCCGUCGUCUCGACCUUUCACCAAUGUGUGAAAUUCCCGGCACAAUCAGGAAUUUACACACUGAGAGGGAAUCAGGGGGCAGCAAGGUCAUGCUUCCUCUAUGAGCGACGGCUCCGCCUAGCAGCAACAUGCACCGCAAACGAGGAAAUGGAUCCACGCCUUCCAUACCACCAGAGACCAAAGCCAGCCCUCGUCGACGAGGUGAAUAUCGACGAAUCGUCCGGAAAGGUGCGUUGGCAUCGGUGGCGACCUCGACGAAAAGAUUAA